ACGAAUAAAGGUCGCCAAAUGGCGAAUGAUAAAAUAAAUUAGGUGAAAUUUAAAAACAGAGGAGAAACUGUAAUGAAAAUGCCAUACAAGAUGCUACUUAUCGUUUUGCUGACUUUACUGCAGACCUGCGUUUUUGGUGAGACUGUGGAAGAAUGUUCUGACACUCCAGAGGGUCUUCAGCUGUUUUCCAAAGGGGUCGACAUCUCAGUGUUCUACCUGGACGAUUCCAGGACCACUGGUUUCAGAGAACCAGUGUUCGACUUCAGUUGCACAGCUUUGGAAGACUUAAACGGGACAGUUGAAUCAGAUUCAAUACCGGAUCAAAUUCAGUUGAAAAAUGAAGAGCCAAAUCCCAAAAUCCGAUCAUCUCUCCGAGUGUUCAGAUCAUUCGCCGACGUGAAGCGUCGAAUGGCCGAACGAAGCGGAAUUCUACUAGACUAUGGGAAGUUUUCGAGCAACGAACUUUACAGGGGACGAAGUAUUGAACUGAACGAGUACCAUUCGGUUAUUUCCGAGGUUUACUCUCUAUUCAAUGCAAUUGACGUAGAAUUGAACCCAGAUUUAAAUGUCCAGCUUGGUAAAAAAGCGGCAGAAAUGGUUGCAAACUUAUCUUCAAAUUAUGAUGAAAAUCCGAGUGGCUAUCAGGAGUUUAUCAAGAAAUUUGGCACUCAUUACCUUAGCUGGGCAAGGUUUGGUCAUUUUAUUAAAAAUCAGUUCUUGGUCGCAAAGGAAUACCAUCUUAAAAGCAGCGAUCAAGAUAUUAAAGAUCAAAGCAUGAAAUAUUUUGUGGAAAAAUAUCGCGCCCAGUCGAAGAAUCAAACCGCCGAAGAGGCAGUUUUAGAACGUUUCAAUGUAAGUGAAGAGUUCUUAGCUUACAGCCGUAAUCAUGACGAAACAAAUUUGGGUCGUCAUUUUGAUGGAUUGCCCCACAAAACUUCUAUGAAGGGACUCGAGUUGAUAUCAAAGUACCAUUGGCCAUCCAAAGUCGAGCUGAAACCAAUUCAUGGCUUGAUUCAUGGAAAUAACAAAAGAUUUUCAAUGUUUAAGGCAGAACAAAUGUAUUUACAAGGUGCUUAUCUUUCUGAUUUGGAGAUUCAACUCAAGUCAACAAUAGCUAGAUUCGAAAAGAUUCCUGAUUUGGAACCGCGAUUCAAAAAACUGGAGUCGCUUUUGGGUUUCAUUUCGGAAGAAUCGGCUAACAGCAUGCAUAAUUACACAGUUAUAAGAUCUAUCGGCGAGAGUGUGAAGUUUAACCUGAUCAAACCGAAAUGGUGGCAGGAAAUCGAAUUGUGCUUCGAAUUCGAGAGCGACGAGGAAGACAUGUAUUGUUCGGGUAUGUCGCCCUCUUGCACCAAAAUUAACAAUUACACUGACAUCUUCAAAGAUUGGACCCGAAAUGAUGGCGGAUGCUCGAUGGUUUGGUAUCUCAGAAACUCUACAGAAGUCGAUCCUUGGUUUAAAGAAGUUAAAAUCUGCUACAAAUAUUACGCAGUCAACUCGGAUACGUUCGAACAGUGCGGUAAUAAUGAAACGCAAGAAAAUGAAGAAAUUUGUUCAGGUUUUACUGAAAAUGGAUCACUUGACUUGAUGAACAGCUAUUACGAUCACACCGAUAACCGACAAGGGGGUUGCAAAUUGUCCUGGAAACUCUCAGUUCCUGAAAAUGUUGCCCCAAAUUGGUUUCUGAAUGUGAAAUUCUGUUACACAAAGUCGUUUGCGGUGAAGUAUUUUGAAGAAGAUAUGUGCGCUUUUGUGAAUGAGUUUACACCCGAGUACUUGGACGACACAUAUUUCAGAAACUACGUCGACUAUAGAGAAAACUACAUCAAAUGGGGAAUAAUUGAUUAUCUUUGAUUUUUAGAUUGAAAAAUCAUAUAAAAAAGAGGGAGAACCAUGGCAUGAAAUGGGAGGAUUUUAAAUUAUUACAACGUGUAAUAACAAAAUGGGACUACUUCAAUUGAUUAUAUUAUGUUACAUUUAAAAGUAGUUAGCAAAGUAUGUUUUUUUUCUAUUAAUUGAAUUGGC